UUGCUGACUAUUUGCAGUUUUUCACUGAUUAGGAGAGGUUUGCUACUGAGCAACAGUGCGUUUUUGUACCGAGCAACACAGCACUUGGCUUGAAAAUUUCUCUUCGUGCAACAUUGGAAAUUUCAGAGCUUUUGUCCUCGACAUGUAAUUUUCAGUAUAUGAUGACUGCUCGUCUAAAUCAAGAUGCAUUAGAGAGAUUUUUUGGCAUGAUGCGGAAUGCCGGUGGGUCAAAUGAUCACCCUGACUCCUUGGUAUUUUUGCACAUUUUUAAGCUGAUUGGCACGUACUCCCUUAUCAAGCCACCAAAGGGCAGCAAUGUCACUGGAGCUGAUCUUUUGCAGACUCUGAUGAAGCCUUCAGAUGUUAUGAAUUCUGAAUUUCCGUGUGAGAAAGACUCAUAUUUAUCAAAACUGGAUGAAAUCAUAACCAAAGGACACUUGGGAGAAAUACCUGAAUUACUUCAAAACAAAACUGUGACUCAAACCAAAUCCUACCAUCCUCUAUAUGACCAAUUCAUAUUCUCUUUCAGAUCAAUCGGAAUAUGCAAUUCCGGGUACAUUGCAAGAAAAUCUUAGCGAUUUACAACUUGUACAAACUGCAUAAAUUUUUGACCGGCAGUAAUUUUGGCGUUACAAAUAAAUUAAUUCAGUUGAAGAGUAAAAGGUACCUGUUGACUCCAUCUGAAGGCGCCAUCUGAAAGCCUAUUUGAUUUAAUUUUGUUAUUGGAAAACACUGCAUUGAAAGUCAUACGAACUAGUUCUUUGUAGGAACUUUUUCGGAAAUUCUCGGAGAAUUUGAACUGUGCUCCAGUAUUUCACUUGUUGGAUGUGAAUUACAUCAACUACACUUGACAAAAACAAUUGCAAAUUUCUUUUUUAUUACAAAAAUGCAUUUUUUUUUUUUUUUGCAAUAGGGAAAACAUGAAUGAUAACCGAGUAAAAGAAUUCAGCAGAGAAUGCAGAAAGAAAUCUUAAAUUGUCCUAAAAGAGAUCUGGUUCCAAACGUGCUUUGUACAGAUGUUAUACAGCCUUGUAGUAAUGAUAUUUCAGAAAUUGUUUUAAAAUGAUGCUCUCCAGUUUGUUUAACUUUCUUAAAAAGUUCAUGGUUUUUUUUAAUCCUUCUCAAUAAAAGUUUUUUAAAGCAAAAGAUUUUUGUAAUUUCUUAUUACAA